UAUAUACAUACACAUAAAGUAUGUAAUGGUUGGACUCUUUGAUGGUAAACUUAUGCCGUGCCAAGCAUAGUCGCAGGUAGGUACGCAGAAGAAUCAACAAUGGCGGAUGCUGCUGCUACCGCCGGCAAGCUCUUCGGCAGGGAAAAGAUCACGGACACCACCGUGACCUUGUUCGCCGAGUCCGCCAACAAGAUCCCUGAUGAGAGGUUCAUCCGAACCAAGGAGGUCCAGGCUGCCGGCGCGGUCGUCGGUGAGGAUGAUGAGAUGCCGCUGGAGCUGCCGGUGGUCGACAUGGCGAGCCUCGUCGAUCCGGACUCGUCGGCGUCGGAGACGGCAAAGCUUGGCUCCGCGUGCAGAGAGUGGGGUUUCUUUCAGCUCACCAACCAUGGAGUCGAGGAAGCAGCGAUGCAGCAGAUGAAGGACAGCGCGGCAGAGUUCUUCAGGUCGCCGCUAGAGAGCAAGAACACGGUGGCCGUCCGAGACGGGUUCCAAGGAUUCGGCCACCACUUCAACGGGGGUUCCAGCGAGAAGCUGGACUGGGCGGAGUGCCUGCUCCUCAUCACGCAGCCACUCAAAGACAGGCGCAUGGAUUUGUGGCCGGCGACGAACCCACCCACGUUCAGGCAUGCGCUUGAAAGGUACUCCGCGGAGAUCAGAAAUCUCGCAAGGCGCCUGCUGGGCUUCAUGGCGACCGACCUCGGUGUCAGCCCGGCGGCGCUCCUAGGCGCCUUCUUCUUCGCCGCCGCCGGGACCGGGACCGGGACCGAGAACGACGACAAGGGGCAGAGCAUGUCCAUGCACCACUACCCUCCGUGGCGGCACCCGGAGAAGGUGCUGGGCAUCGCGCCGCACACCGACACCCAGGCGCUCACCUUCCUGCUGCACGCCGACGACACGCCGGGGCUCCAGGUCAAGAAGGACGGCAGGUGGUUCCCCGUGCGGCCGCUGCCGCGGGGCGCCCUCGUCGUCAACGUGGGCGACAUCCUCGACGUGCUCACCAACGGCGACUACGUCAGCGUCGAGCACCGGGUGGUGCCGGACGCCGAGAGGGGCCGAACCACCGUCGCCGUGUUCCAGGAUGCAUGUGUCCAAGGGAUGGUGACGCCGCUCCCGGAGCUCCUCCUCGUCGAUGGAGGCGACGCACAGGCACGCUACAGAUCCGUCACAAAGCUCGACUACCUCAAUGGCAGCGUCACAGCAUUGGCCCAAGGGAGACGGUUUAUUGACAGCCUCAGAAAGUAAACAACCGCACCAACUUCUAAGAGACCAAUGCAGUCGUGUACUCGUGUGUGUGACUGUGUGUGUGUUGCUGUCCUGGAUCUUAUUUUUCUUCUUUUUCUCUAGAUUUUAAAUGUGGCCACGCCGUUCAUACGUGAGUAAUGAAAUACUCUCUUCGUCUUGAAUGAA